AAACAUGUCUGUGAAGGCGGAAGCUCGCUUCACACUAGAAGAAGCCCGAGAUGACAGAAAAUAUUUAACAGGAUGUGAAUUGGAAUUGUUCUUUUGUCGAAAGACUUGCCUGUGGGGCGUUGCUGCAAAUUUUUACCAUGAGUUUCGAUAGGCAGCAUUUGCGAUUUUCAGUGGAUUUGUCCUCUAAGACAGGACACGAGGCGAUCUUGACUCACAUCGAAGGAGAACUGAAACAUUUGGAGCAUGUCAGAGAAUAUCUCACCAAACGAGCUAAAGUCGAACUUGAUUAUGCUUCAGCUUUGACCAGAAUAAACACGGUUGCUUCUAAGGUUAUCAACGACAACGAGAAAGAAAGCCCCAUAAGAAAGGUAAAGUUUUCGGUCCUUUAAACUUUAUGUUUCUAUAUGUUUAGUUCGGAGAUAAUCGACCGGUGUGGUGGGCUUGAUCAUUGAUUCUUCAAUUUGAUUUCGUAUCCAUCGGAAAUCGUUAAGAAAUCUUGCUGAGUAUAAAAUCAUGGCAGUUUCGUUUUAACGAAAUUUUUCUUAUUUGGUUAUUGUUUUAUUAUUGUGUAUUUUUAUGUAUUGUGGGAUAUUAUGCGGCAGCAGUUCGCAGUAAGCUUGUUUUCAUUUUAAUUGCGUUCAUCACAUUCUUUGGCCCUCCGAUGCCGAAUGUUAUGUCUUGUUUCUGUUAAAACCCGGCAGUGUUCCAUUUUAUCUUAAGGUUAUUUGUUUCGUCUUUUACUCUCUGUCAUCAGCCCCUACUACAUAAAUUUCAAAACUUUCUGUUAUUAUAAUAACAUAUUAGUUUAUUUAUAUAGUAGUUAUAAAAUUAUUUGGUAUUUGACUUCCCUGACAAUGUAGGACUUGCAAUGCAAAUUUAUCAUUUUUGAAGGUUAAGCCAACCAAUAUUGCAACAGUAGAUAACUUUCUCGAAAUUCGUGGGCUAGUUGAUAUUUGUUGAAGAAAAUGAAAUGUUCACCCAGAAAAUGCAAUUUUUGUAUUGAACAACACUUACAGGAUAUACAUGUAUUUUUAUGUGAUUGAACUAAGCUUUCCUUUGUCCAAUUCUUUUUUCAGGUUAUCUAUUUAAAAAAAUAAAAUGAAUAUGAAAAAAUAAUAAUUAUUCAUCUUGUAUUCUAAUACACUAACAUUCAGAAAUUGUGGAGCACAUGUAUCAAAAUUUCCUUCAACCUUUUUCGCAGUAUGAUGGUAUUGCUGUAUAUCUGCCUGUUGCAGGCUGGAGAAAAUGCAUAAAACAGAGUUUUUUAUUUUAAUUUAUGAUCUCAUGUUGAGGUUGUAGACUUGCCAAUUCUGAUAGUCCCUGCUCUGACAUGCAAUUUUGUGGCAGCUGUUUACUAAUAUCAUUCAAUAUAUGGGUUAUAAAUAGAACUGUAGCUUAAACUCCAUUAUCAAGGUGUGAUUUUGCAGUGUCAGCAUUUAAGAAAAUAGGCUUGAAAUAUUUUAAUAUCUGACUGUUCAUUAUAGAUAUGCUUUGUAUUGCUCUGUUAGUCAUCUUAUAGCAUUGGCUAACAUACUGUAUGAAAUUCCAAAUCUAUAGUUUGUGGAUGUAAGGCUGGAAAUUUUAUUCCUAACUAAACUAAUAUUAAUAUAUAUUUCAGUAAGUACAUUAUUUGAGAACACAGCACAAGGUAUUUAUUAUGCUAAUUUAUAAAUACCUCGAGGUCUGGGGCAAGGGGCAUAAUUUAUUGGUCUUGUAAAAAAUAUAUCAUAUAUGUUUUAUUUUACUUGCUCAGAGCCUGUUUUCAGUGUGAAUAUGUAAUAAUGUAUUAAUGAACAGAAAUAUUACACAUGUAAGUUUAUUUCAGUGGGCUGUUAUCUCAUUUUUUUACCAGGCUUGGGGCACAUAUAUUGCAGAAAGUGAAACAAAGGCCAAGUUGAUUACAGAAUUUACCAACAUUUUGAAUUCUACUACAUUAAAAAGACUGGACCAGCUUAUUGAGGACAAGAGAAACUUAUUGAAAGUGUACAGGAUUGAAAAGUUUAGAGUUGAUAGUGGCUGCAAACAGGAAUCUGAUGAAAUUGACAGACUAAGAAAAACUUACCAAGACAACGCGAAGGAAUCUGAGACUGGGAAAAGAAAAUAUGAGGAAGUUCGUGCAAAGGAUAAAUUAAAUGGCAAAGACUGGGAGCGUUCUAAAGAUAAAUAUGUGAAAACGACUAUGAAACUUCAUCAUAAUCAUAAUGAUUAUGUGCUAGCCCUGAAAUCAGGAAAUUGCCACCAAGGAUUCUAUAACGAUGUUUUUGUUCCUACAAUGUUAAAUUCUUUACAAUAUUUGCAAGAAGAGUAUGUGGAGGAAUGGUAAGUUUUAACUGGCAUAAAUUAUGUAACAAGCCACAAAAGCCACUCGUACUAGUCAGUCCUGAAGACUAAUAAUUAUUACAGUUAUUGCUUGCAGCUUUGCAGUUUUGUUGCACUGAUUGGAUUUCUGCUUCCAAUACAAUUACAAAACCAUAACAUAACAUUCCAGAAAAGGUUCUGGUGUUCACAGUUUUUUGAGUCUUAACAGUAAAAGCUUUUAUUGGGUCCAUAUUUUUUAUGCUGAGACUAAGAGCCAUAAAGUUAGGGGAUACAGUGAACUAAGUUCCUCGUUAGACACCUCACAAGCUAUAAAAGUAUAUUUUACAAACACCUCACUUAGACAGGGCUAAGAGACAUGAAUUCUAGCUUGUCUUUUGAACAACCAGCUCUCCCCUUUUUUCUUGCUCAGAGCCAUUGCUUGCUUAUAUUUAGUUAAUGGUUUAGCAACUUGAUUGAUGACUUAUGUAGACCCUUGCCUGUUCGGCAUUGUAAGCUUCACUCUUUAAGCUCUAAAAAAUAAAAGCACUUUAUUUGAGUGUCAAUGUAUUUAGCAUGAAAGUGUUAAUUGACAACACUAUUUUUUUACGUCUCCUACUGGAGACGGGACUGCCAUUCUAAGUGGUCAUCCAAGCCACGCGAAGGUCUACUACCGGUUUGCAGGGCAAAGGGAGUACCUUCAUUUCUCAGUUAUUUUAAGACCUUGAGUAUUGACCCGGCNGAGUCUUAACAGUAAAAGCUUUUAUUGGGUCCAUAUUUUUUAUGCUGAGACUAAGAGCCAUAAAGUUAGGGGAUACAGUGAACUAAGUUCCUCGUUAGACACCUCACAAGCUAUAAAAGUAUAUUUUACAAACACCUCACUUAGACAGGGCUAAGAGACAUGAAUUCUAGCUUGUCUUUUGAACAACCAGCUCUCCCCUUUUUUCUUGCUCAGAGCCAUUGCUUGCUUAUAUUUAGUUAAUGGUUUAGCAACUUGAUUGAUGACUUAUGUAGACCCUUGCCUGUUCGGCAUUGUAAGCUUCACUCUUUAAGCUCUAAAAAAUAAAAGCACUUUAUUUGAGUGUCAAUGUAUUUAGCAUGAAAGUGUUAAUUGACAACACUAUUUUUUUACGUCUCCUACUGGAGACGGGACUGCCAUUCUAAGUGGUCAUCCAAGCCACGCGAAGGUCUACUACCGGUUUGCAGGGCAAAGGGAGUACCUUCAUUUCUCAGUUAUUUUAAGACCUUGAGUAUUGACCCGGCCCCGGGAACCGAAUCUGUGACCUCCUGCUCUGCAGUCAAGUGCUCUUCCGCCUGAGCUAAUCCUGCCGCAUUUGAAGGGUUAAAUCUUAAGAGUGCCUAAUAUCCAGAUUCAAAUUCUCCAAAAUAAUUUCGUUACAUUUACUUCAAGACUUAGGCAAGAGAAUUUGAUAAAAGAUCACAGAAUUCUCUCUUACAUGUAGGUGAUCAUCUUAAUAAUUCUCAUAACCUCUUCUGCUUGAUUAUGCAUUGCUAUUGUUAGGAGAAAAUUGAUGAUGGUCACUCUUAACCCUUUAAGCCCCAAGAUCCACAUUCAAAUUCUCCGGACUGAUCUCCAUACAUUUCCCAUAGAACAAGUUGAGAGAAUUUGUUAAAAGAUCAAAGCAUUUUCUCUUAAGUGAUCAUUUGAUUAAUUUUUUAACCUUUUCCGCUUGAUACAGUAAGAAGAAAAUUGCUUUUGGGACUUAAGGGUUAUAAAAUAAAGUUACUCACGCAACCAGAAAAUCUUCUUAUCCUGAGAAUUUAACCAGAUGGGACUUAUUUCCAGCUCUUGUAGAGUUGGUGCCUGCAGGUUUUCAGUCAUUUUCUUUGAGUUCACUCUAUAAAGGUGGACACCUUUGUGAUGAGACAGGCUAUCAGUGUUGGUGCCUGCAAUAGUAAGCUUAUUUAGCAACAGAACAGAAAUGUCAUUUGACAACGGUAAAGUGCGCGGAAAGGACUAAACUUGACUUCCGGUGCCCAAUUUGCCGCUCUACUUUUGGUCAAGCCAGCUGUUUGCUUUGCGUGCGCUGUCGUCAAUUGACGUUCCUGUUCUGUUGCUAAAUCAGCCUAGUGUCCAUCUUAGAGAGAACUGAUUAUAUUUUGUUGUUGGAUUUGGGAAACGUCUUUUGCAGGAUGUUUUGGUUCUUCUGCACUUUUUCAGUCAUUUUUCUUUGACUUCUCUCUAUAAUUACUUUAGGCGCACACCUUUCUGAUGAGACACGCUAUUAGUGUUGGUGCCUGCAAUAGCAUUUAUCUUAGAGAGAACUGACUGUAGUUUUUUGUUUCAUUAAUUUAGGAAAGAUGUGCUGCAGGAUGUUUUUCAUCUUACAAACUGUUGCCGAGAAGAGUAUAUGUCAUCAAGCCAAGCAGUACAGGCCAGUGUCACGGAAGUAAAAAGAGACCAAGAGUAUGCAAACUUUAUCAAUAACAACAGGUAUUUUAUGGAUGGUAUUAAUACAUACACCUUGGUGAAAAAAUAUGGAUGGAAAAAGGUUAAUGAUCCCCCCAGACUGCAAAACGGUCAGGUUUUUUCUCAAAGUCGGUCCAGUGUAGUGUAAGAGUGAGGCCCUAUGGGCAAUUGACUGUCCGUUUUCCAUACAAUGAGUUUGUUCUGACCAGGGGAUUCAAAAAUGUUGUCAAGCUGUCAAAAAUCUAUUCACAACUCCUCCCUCUUUGUAAAUUUGAUACACCCAGUGGCUUCAAAUCUUGUGUUGAAUGCUGUAUCCAGUCUUGAGCAUUGUUUCUGUGUGCAAUGUAUAUAGUGUUUUCUGGAAGUUCCAAAAUGAGCAGAAGUGGCAGUAUGCCAACAAAGCCUGUUCCUGCUCCUCAAAGAGGGAGAAAGCCAAGCCAAGUGCUGCAGAUAAUUGUAGAAUGUGCAGCUGUUGUUUCAAAGGACAGUUCGGCAAUUUAAAGAGUGGCUGGAUUAUAAGCACUGAAAGUAUGUUUGUUGCCCCUACUAUAAAAAAGGUGAAACAUUACCAAAGUUGGCCGACCUUCUGAUAAAUAAACUUUUUGUUGUCCUCAACGAAGGAGAACCUUUGUCCACAAGAGUUUUCUUGCCUGGCUAAUUAGAAACUGUGCUGUGACGCUUUUGCCAAUGAGAGAAAAACGGGACAUGCCAACAGAUAAUGACUUCAUCACAGUAGGGAACAUCGUGAAUGACUUGUUGGAUACAUAACUUGACAGCUUGUAGCUUGCAUCAACAUUUAGCCAAUAGGAAUUGCCCAUAAUGCAUGGCUGGGAGAAGUGGGUGAGAUCAAACAAAUAUAGUGUAUGUAAAAUGGACAGUCUGUAUUUGUAGUGUCUCUCCCAGUCUGGCUCUCAGUUUUCAGCCUAGCUCUAGACCUUUUGUUUGACUUUUCACACGUACGUGAACAUGUAAAAAUACGCACUGUUUUGCAGUCUAUGAUCCCCAGAAACAUGAGUUUUUACUACCCUAGAUGUUUGCUAGUAAUUAAUAAUGCGCUACAGUCAGUGUCACAUACUUUUUUAAUAAUUAUAAGACAGCAGUUAUAGGGCAGAUUAUCUUCACAGAACAAGUUUGUCCAGAUUUGUUGAAAUAAACAUUCAUAUUCAUUCACAUUUCCAUACCCAUGACUGCUGUAGUUUGACACUUUCAAAAAAUAUUCACUUGAGGUCUAAGUAAAUUUAAGUACCUCUGUCCCUUAUAUAACCUGUGCCACAGAAGAAACUAAACUUCUGUUCAAGUCAGUCUGCAAAACAGUGCUGAAAGUGCUGAAACCCUUUUUCUGGGCGGCACCUCAGGCUUGUCCGAUCCGAACUAACUCUCACUUGACUUUAAAUCAUUGUUGCACUGCUGCUACUUUUUGGUCCAUAACUGUAGAAAUUGACCACAAGAUUGUUGUUUCAUCUUUUUUCUCCUUUAUUUUCUUGCAGACAGAAUCAAAAACCAGCUCUAGCAUUCAUCUUUGAUCCGUCUCUUCUUCAACUGACAUCAACAGGGGUAACAGCUGAUGAAUUAGUGUUGAACGAUUUGACUAUGGAGAAACUUGAAUACAGGUGUGUUUUGAUUCUUGAAUUUGCUUUUUCAUUGUGUCCCUUAUUCUGACUACCGGUAGUUAUCCAUAGUUUCACUCAUGCACUUGUUAACCAUAUGCUAAUAUUAAUUUUCUAAAAGUUCAAUCCAGUUGAACCUUCAUGCAUAUGUGCGAUCACCUCCCCUAUUAAAAGUGCCAUAACCACCUCCCAUACGGGAACACCUAUCCCAAACCCCUAUGAAAAUUAUAAUAUUUUCCUAGUCAAAUCACUAUUGUAGCAAGCUUGCGUAAAUGGUCAACUCUCAUAAGCAACCAGGACCACUUUUUGAAGAGACAAUUUUUCCAUUGUUUUUACCCUCUAGUAAGCGACCACUCAACGCAUGGUCUGAUCUCUAUGUUCACUAUAUGUACUAUGCUACUUCUAAGGAACUUUUAGUGAGAACAGUAGAGCUCAAUAUGAUUAUAGCAACUUAUUAGAAAUUGCAUGCAGUAAAUUCACCUUCAAAAAGUAUAUGUGUUGGGACCCU